CUGGGUCCGGCUCCCACGCUGGGAAUCAGCCCGCCCGCCCUCAAGAGGGCGCCUAGGGAAGACUAGACUGUCUGUCAUUCAAGGGGCAACCGACAUCCUAACCUCUUUGAUGCAAGAGCUACAGAGCAGUGGGAAGACUGAUUCAGAACUUUGGAAAAACUGUGAGACUAGGUGGUUACAGUUGUUCCGUUUGGUGGAAAAGCAAUGCCAGGAACAGAUAGUUGCUCAGCAGGAACAAUUCCACAACCAAAUUCAAAGAAUACAGGAGGAAAUAAGAAAUUUAGUCAAGUUACAGACCAGUAAUGUUUCCUGGGCUUCCUGCAAGAGAAAUUCUUCUAGCAAACAAGUAUCCUCGGAAGGUCAGAUGGGUUUUGUCUCUGAAAACAGUGAGAGAGAUGAGUCUGUUAUUAGUUACCCUGAGCCCAAGGAACCUGAGCUGCAGCAGGAAGCUUGCAUGGCGCAACCAGACUCCAGUGCGGACAGUAGCUCUGUGAGCAGCGGGUAUGGCACCUUUUGUGUCUCAGAAUUGAAUACCUACAAAUCUAAAGGCCCCACGGAACUCAUGGAGCACAGGAGUGCUUCUCAGGGCCAAUAUGGAACACCUGUUGUACAAACAGAGUCACCUGGAGGUGGUGCAGGAAACAGGACUUUUUACACUCAGACCCCUGAAGAGUUUAGUGCAUCUUUAAAGAAAGAUGAUUCUACAUUUCUUGGUGAAUUUGAACAUAAUUUUCUUGGUGAAAAUAAGAUUUCUGAAGUAUACAGUAGAAAAACAAACAAUAAAUCAAUAACCUCAUGGGCACAAAAGCUGAAACAGAACCAGCCAAAGAGAACACAAGUAGAAGAUGGAGGCUCAAGAUCUAAGCAAGGGCCCGAGCAAAGCAGAAAAUCUCCUGUUGAGAAAUCUGAUUUUGCUGCUGCUCCACAUCCUUGUUCUUUUUACCUCAGUAAGCCAGAUGAAAGUCCAAAUUCUUGGGUGUCUGAUUCAGGAACAGGACUCAGUUACUGGAAACUGGAAGAGAAGGACAUGCAUUGCUCUUUGCCUGAAGCUUUACAGAAGGCAUUUUCAUGUUCCUCCUCUGCAGAGAGCUCUCCAGGCCAGGUAAUCACUGUGAAAUCUAAAAGUAGUAAUGAGAUGAAGCUACCAUCAUUGAAGGAUAUUUAUCAUAAAAAACAAAGGGAAAACAAUCAGUUACCUGAGAGGAAUCUCACUUCUGCUUCCAACCCAAAUCAUCCACCUGAGGUCCUGACUUUGGACCCAACAUUACACAGGAAGCCAGAUCAGCAGCUUUCCGGGACUCAGCCACCUGGCUUCUUGAAUGCUUGUGGUGACAGAAUAUCCUUUUCACCAGACUCUGUUCUGCAACCAAGUAUGUCUGGUCACUCUGACAUCGACUCAUUUUCACAAGGAAGUAAUGACACUUCUCAGUUAUCAGGAUUCCCAAAAUAUCCUUCAAGUACGAAAGCGUCACCAGUGGACUCUUGGAAAAAUAACGUGUUCCAGAGUGAAAGUAGAACCAGUUCCACAUUUCCUUCUUUAUAUACUGUCACUAGUAAUGAUAUCUCAGUCAACACUGUAGAUGAAGAAAACACUGUCGGUCAGUCCCAGCUUCCAAGUACAGCCAACAGUGUCCCAGAAUGCAUUUCCUUGACAUCUAUGGACGAUCCUGUGGUGCUGUCUACGAUCAGGCAGAACCUAAAGGAAAAGCAUGCUCGACACAUAGCUGAUCUUCGAGCUUAUUAUGAAUCAGAAAUAAAUAGUUUGAAACAGAAGUUAGAGGCAAAAGAACUUUCUACAAUUGAAGAGUGGAAGAAGACCAAUCAAAUUCUUACAGACAGAUGUGGCCAGUUAGAUAGUGCUUUGAAUGAAGCUACCAGUCGUGUGAGAACACUUGAAAAUACGAAUAACUUACUAGAAACAGAACUGAAUGAUUUGAGAGAACGCUUCAGUGCAGCCAGUAGUGCCUCCAAAAUUUUGCAGGAGCGAAUUGAAGAAAUGAGAACCAGCAGUAAAGAAAAAGACAAUACGAUCUUUCGACUGAAAUCUAGACUGCAGGAUUUGGAAGCAGCAUUUGAGAAUGCUUACAAACUCUCUGAUGAUAAAGAAGCUAGACUGAAACAGGAAAAUAAGAUGUUUCAAGACCUCCUGGAAGAGUAUGAAUCCCUUGGAAAAGAGCAUGGCCAAGUAAAGGAUACCUUAAAUACAACUGAGAACAAAUUGCUUGAUGCAUACACUCAGAUUUCUGAUUUGAAAAGAAUGGUUUCAAAACUUGAAGCUCAAGUGAAGCAAGUAGAACAUGAAAAUAUGUUAAAUCUUCGUCAUAGUUCUAAAACUGCCAUGAGACCCUCACGUGCCAAUAGCAUGCUAGCUACCUCGGAUGUCAGCAGGCGGAAGUGGCUGAUACCUGGUGCAGAAUAUUCCAUCUUUACCGGUCAGCCUCUAGACAUCCAAGACAGGAAGGUGGAUAACCAGCUGGAGGAACCCCAUGUUCCUGGGUACCAUUCUCCUCCGGAAAAGGAUUCUUCAUCUGGAAGUUCAUCAACAAGCCUAUUGGUUAAAAAACAAAAAGAAACGUCAGACACGCCAAUUAUGAAAGCUUUGAAAGAACUCAAUGAAGAAAGAAUAUUAAAAAAUUGGGGGACACAGACAGAGAAAGAGGACACCUCAGAAUUAGUGAAUUCUCGGCACACUGAGUCUUCAGCAAGUCGUUCACCAGAGAAAUGUGCCCAACACAGACAAAAGAGACAGAGUUCUACUUCGCAGAGAUCAUCGUCUUUACCACCUUCCAAUCGUAAAUCCAGCACUCCAACCAAAAGAGAGAUUAUGUUAACACCAGUGACUGUGGCAUAUAGUCCAAAGAGAUCCCCUAAAGAAAACUUGUCCCACGGAUUUAAUCAUCUGCUUAGCAAAAAUGAAAGUAAUCCAAUUCGAUUUGAUAUACUUUUGGAUGAUUUAGAUACUGUUCCUGUGUCCACAUUACAACGAACCAAUCCAAGAAAACAGCUCCAGUUUCUUCCUCUACAUGACUCAGAAGAAAAAAACUAUUCAGAAAAAGCCACCGAUGACUAUGCCAGUCAUAGCUCUAGCCCUGAACCCUUGCCAAACGGAGUGAAGACAGUGUCUGUGAGACCAGCCUGGGAGAAGACUAAGUCAGUUAGCUAUGAGCAGUGUAAGCCUGUUUCAGUAACACCACAGGGUAAUGAUUUUGAAUAUACAGCAAAAAUUAGGACCCUAGCUGAAACGGAGCGAUUUUUUGAUGAACUUACAAAAGAAAAGGACCAGAUUGAGGCAGCACUGAGUCGAAUGCCUUCUCCUGGAGGAAGAAUCACUUUACAGACAAGAAUGAAUCAGGAAGCGUUGGAGGAUCGUUUGGAAAAGAUCAAUCGAGAACUGGGUUCAGUUCGCAUGACGCUAAAGAAGUUCCAUGUCUUGCGCACGUCUGCAAAUCUUUGAGAUUUGUAGCCAUUAAAUUUGAGCCAUUUUUGUUUGCACUAAUGUAUGUAUAAUUAUGCACUCAGAAAAGGCAAACUAUUUUGUACUGGUUUAUAAGCCUUCAAAUAGUAGUUUUACAAUCAUGCUAUUCUUAACACUUGCUAUUUUAUACUUCAGACGGCCACAUAUUUUCAAGAUAUUUUUGUUAUGCUCAGGAAUCUCUUGUAUAUUUUACUAUUUAAAAAGCAUUAUUUUUAAAUAGUAUAUGUCUUCAAUUUAUAACAAGAAUAAGGAAAUAUACACAGGGGAAGCAACUUGUUUCUAAAGAAAUAGCGUUAACCUUUUAUGAUGAACUUUUGCACACCAAUUUUAUACAGUUGUUCUGCAUUAUAAAUACAUUUUAAAAAACAAAUGCCUAACAGUUUCCAUAGUGAUAGACGAAUACAUGUUGAAUAUUAAAAAUAUAGCAUAUA